UUCUCGCGGAGGCACGAGGCUUUACUCGCGACGCCCCAAAGCCGCAGCAGCAGCAGCGCCGCACGCGGCAGCAAUGGCGGACUCCAUCGAGCUCGCGCGCCGCCUCUGCCUCCAGCCUCCGGCGCGGAGGACGGGAACGGGAAGGUGCAGGCCGCGGGGCCGCCUCGGAGCUCCCUCCCUCCGCGUCCCGCGCCCUCCCCUCUCCCUCUCCCUCUCCCUCUGGUCGUCGCUCCGGUGCCGCGCGCUCGACUCCACCAGGCCGGUCGCGGUGGAGGGGGGCCUGGGAGACGAGGAGGACGAGGAUGAGGAGGGGGAGUCGUACUUCGCCUUGACCUCGUCGAGGCUCUCGCGGGUGGACUACCUAGGGGAGAGCACCAAGGGGGAUUUGAACGUGCGGAGGGAGCAUCUCGACGCGUUUGGUGGGAAUGGCAAGUCGACAUUGCAUGGCCCUAUAGAGGAGAUAGCUUGGCAAGAAGCGAGAGAAGCUGAAUCGUUGCUCCGUGAGUUGGGAAUUGCAGAUCCUUUUUCCGUAAGACACUCUCCUCGUGGAAUAUUUUGCACCAGGACACUAAAUCUUCGAUCCAUCAGUGUCAUUGGCUAUGAUAUGGACUAUACAUUGAUUCACUACAAUGUGAUGGCUUGGGAAGGGCGUGCUUAUGAUUAUGGUAUGGCCAAUCUGAAGGGCAUGGGUUUCCCUGUAGAUGACCUUGAAUUUGAUCCUGACCUGGUCAUCAGGGGUCUAAUUAUGGAUAAAGACAAAGGGAAUUUGGUCAAAGCUGAUCGUUUUGGUUACAUUAAAAGGGCCAUGCAUGGCACCCAGAUGCUUUCUACUAGUGCUGUGAGUGAAAUAUAUGGAAGAGAAUUGGUGGAUCUACGGAAAGAAAGUAGAUGGGAGUUCCUUAAUACCCUUUUCUCUGUGUCAGAAGCUGUUAUGUUCAUGCAGAUGGUCGACAAGUUGGAUCAGGGGUUGGUGCCAGCUGAACUUGGGCCACUGGAUUACAAAGGACUGUACAAUGCUGUUUCCAGGGCACUUUUUCGAGCGCAUGUAGAAGGUCAACUCAAGAGUGAGAUAAUGGCUGAGCCGGAACGAUUUGUAGAGCCUGAUCCUGAACUGCCUUUAGCUCUUCUGGAUCAAAAGGAGGCUGGAAAAAGGUUGCUUCUUAUUACAAACUCAGAUUACCACUAUACGAACAAAAUGAUGAAUCAUGCAUUCAAUCGCUUCCUUCCUAAUGAUAUGGCAUGGAGAGAUCUGUUUGAAAUGGUUAUAGUCUCUGCAAGGAAGCCAGAGUUUUUCCAAAUCUCUCAUCCGUUAUACGAGGUUGUAACAAAUGAUGGAUUAAUGCGUCCCUGUUUUAAAGCUAAUUCAGGUGGAUUGUACUCUGGUGGCAGUGCUCAGAUGGUUGAGAAGUCACUAGACAUCCAUGGAGAUGAAAUAUUAUAUGUGGGGGAUCAUAUUUACACAGAUGUAAGCCAGUCUAAAGUUCAUUUACGAUGGAGGACAGCACUAAUCUGCAGAGAACUAGAAGACGAGUUUGAUGCACUAAUUCGAAGCCAUGUUCAGAAAGAACAGCUUAUCACACUUAUACAACAAAAGGAAGUCGUGGGAGAUCUUUUUAACCAGCUUCGGCUGGCUCUGCAGAGACGAACAAAUUCACGCCCAGCACAGACGCUUGCUGCUACUUGUAUGGAUGAUCAGGAGCUUACAGAAAGUAUGCAAAAGUUGCUCAUUGUUAUGCAGAGAUUAGAUGAAAAAAUUGCACCAAUGCUAGAAUCAGAUGGAGAGCUGUUCAAUAAAAGAUGGGGUUGGCUAUCACGUACGGGCCUAUGGGAUAAGAGUCAUCUGACGAGGCAAAUUGAAAAAUAUGCUGAUAUAUACACAUCAAGGGUUUCAAAUUUUCUACAUUAUACUCCAUUCAUGUAUUUCCAAUCACAAGAACAGACGCUUGGGCAUGACGUGCAUUCCUAUUCCCGGAGGCAACAACACUGACAUUCGUUCGAUUCAUCAUUCAUGUGGUGGAGUUGGGAGAAAAAUCGGUAGAGAUAGAAAGGCAGCUGGAUGGACGUGCUUGUGCCAGUGUGUGAGCCGUGGCGAUUGAUCUUGAUGCAGCGAGGCAGGCCAUUUGGAACGUUUUCGCGUUACGUAGCGAUUAUGUCGUGUAUAGCUGUGUGUACUUGGGGUGUAAGUAGAGUCAUUAGCUUGUAAUAACACGAUUGGAAUAAGCCCGUGCGGUCGUUUUCUUCUUUCUGCUCGCCGACUCAAAAGAAAUUUGGUUUGGUUAGGCAGAACGACCGUGGAAAGUUGGGCAUGUAAUUUGUAAACUUUUAAGUUUUGUAAGAUUUUCAUCUGAUCAUCUCAGCAUCUGUCUAAACUCUGGACUGUCACUUGAAACAGUUAAAUUCCAGAAAAAUAAGAAGAAGUCCCAUUGUUGUAUGCUU